AUGCGAUUCUCCACCCUCUUCGCCGCUGCCAUCCCCCUCCUUGGCUCUGCUCUCGCGGCACCCAUCAACGCCGUUGGCGCUGACGCUCUCUACCUCAAGCGAGACAUCGAUGUAGGCGCCGACGUUGCUGGCGCUCUGAGCUUGAAGCGAGACCUCUUGGACAUUGAUGCCGAUGCCAAGGCUGCCCUCAACGUCCGAGACGUCGACUACGUCUCUGUGCUCCAGAACCUCGAGUCCACUGUUGGCUCCAUCACUACUCUUGCUGCCAACGCCACCGAGGACGAGGUUACCGAGGUCCUCACCACCGUCAAUGACGCUCUCACCACUGCCCUCUCUGACCUCGGCCUUUCUUCUUCUUCCAAGCGAUCCGAGCGACUUGUUGCCCGUGACCUCACCGACGAUGUUUCCGAGCUCUUGGCUACCGUCAUCCAGGACGUUGACACCAUCGUGGCCCCUCUUGAGGACACCCUCUCUUCUAUCCCCGCUGUCAAGGCUCUCCUCGACGAGGUCAACACUGCGCUCUCUUCUAUCGUCACGGGUCUCGAUGAGAUUCUUGGUGGCGUCCUCACCUUGGUCAGCAACAUCUUGAGCGGUCUCGGUAUCGACCUCACCCCUCUCCUCUCUGGCGUCCUCGGUCUCCUCACCGGUGUCCUUGGCGGUCUUUAA